UAUGAAAAAUAAUGUCCAUAAUCUUUGUUAGAGACCGCAUUUGUAAUAUUCUAUUGAUAUUUAGAAAGAGUUUCAGUAAUUGCUUUGCUUUGGAAUUGUAUCGUAUAAAAAUGUCAUUAUAAUUUAUAUACUUUCUCUGGUCAAAGACACAGACCACAGAGUGUGCUGAAAUUUCGACGGUUUAGAAAUACAUACAUAUGUAUAUGUUUUUUUGGAAUUCGAAUGUUAAUAAUAACAAAUAAAAACGUUUAUAUAAUCACAUAAAUAAAAUAUCAAGAAUUUGAGUGUGUGUAAAGAUUUUUAUAUUAUAUGGAUUGCUUACUUCGUUUUACUGCUGUCAGAGCUGCUAAAAAAGAAAAACUUGGAUCAAUCAAAGGAAAUGGCAUUUCAUAAUAAAAUUGCUUAACUUGAGUAACCGCGCAAAUUUAAAAAUUCGAAUUUCAGGUAUUAUAUAAUAAAGCAAGCACCGAGAGAACAUUUAAUAUAGGCCCGGUUUUCACAUACAUAUGCACGUAUGUGUAUAAAGCAUAUUUUGUUUUUAAUUACAAUUCGCUCAUCUGUGUGGAAAUAUUUUCCGAACUCAUGGCAGAGGCGGAAGUAUGUAGAAUGUAUCAACCGAUUUUACGCCUGUCGAUAUAGCCGGUAAAUUGACAAUAUGAGGAUGAAAAACAAGUGCGUAUCGGUCUAAUGGGUGUGAGGAUCAUGAAUCGGACAUUGAAACUUAAAAAAAAACUGCAAAAACGUAGAUUAUUGCAUAUAUUCAUAUGUCAGAGUGUAAAUCAAAUGUAAGCGUAGUCAUGUGAUAAGAAACGUGAAAGAUAACUUCCAUAGACAACGAAUUUCGAAGCGGCACAUAUGUAUAUAUCCGUUGCGUUCACUAUAUAAGCUUACCCAAUAGAAUGCUUAAUUUAAUUGUGGACCCAAGUUAACAUUAGAAUUGUGCAAUAACCUGAAGCACGUUUGGUAUUAAUAUGUACGAGCGCAUAGCCUUAAUAGGCCUAUUGGCUCUAGUGUCUUGCCUCUUGGUUAUCAAUGCAGCGGAAAUACAUCAAGAGCAAUUAAAAGAUGGAAAGAAUUUAAUCGUGCAGGUGGUUACAACCGAGGAGUUGGAUAAGAUUUUGACGCAAAAUCCCAAUGCUGUGGAAAUGAAAGCGACAAUAUCAGAUCAAGAAGCGAUUAAUGGCCGUGCGCUGCAUCCACGGGGCAGAAGUAUAGUCACCUAUACUUUGGGUAGCGGUAGAGAGAGUGGUGACAGGCUCGUAUCGACGGAAUCGAGCACAAAUGAUUACGACCUGCCCACGUCGUUAAGGGUAACAGUGAGAUACCCCAGCAGCGGCACUGGCGCCGUCAUUACAUAUGUAAAAAUCACCACCUAUCAAAGCAAUAACGAUGGACGCGCUUAUGUCACAAGCGGUGGUAUCGGUCAGCGCAGUAUUGUUAUGGUAAUUGAGGCGGUUAGAACCACUUACUUCGACUUUUACUCUUAUAUUUAUGGAAAAUAAAUUGAGUUUGCAGUAAUGUAAUAACAAAGCCGUUAAUAGCAAAUAAAGUAAGAGCAUAUUAGCAUCGUGGUA